GAGUCGGGACGCUUUAGGGGAGGUACCCGCGGAGUACACAGACACCCGGACCUGCAGGGGACCGCGUAGGCCUCCCUAGGCCGCCAUGAACCGGCUGCAGGAUGAUUACGAUCCCUACGCCGUGGAAGAGCCGAGCGACGAGGAGCCGGCUCUGAGCAGUUCUGAAGAUGAAGUGGAUGUGCUGUUACAUGGAACUCCUGACCAAAAACGAAAACUCAUCCGGGAAUGUCUUACUGGAGAAAGUGAAUCAUCUAGUGAAGAUGAAUUUGAAAAAGAAAUGGAAGCUGAAUUGAACUCUACCAUAAAGACAAUGGAGGAUAAGCUGUCCUCCAUGGGGACAGGAGGGUCUUCGGCAGUUGGGAAUGUUGGAGGAGUUACAGCAAAGUACUAUGAUGACAUUUAUUUUGAUUCCGAUUCUGAGGAUGAAGACAAAGCAGCACAAGUGACCAAGAAAAAGAAGAAGAAACAACGCAGGAUUCCAACAAACGAUGAGUUGCUAUAUGAUCCUGAGAAAGAUAACAGAGACCAAGCCUGGGUUGAUGCACAGAGAAGAGGUUACCAUGCUUUUGGAUUGCAGAGACCCCAUCAGAAACAACAGCCUGUUCCAAACAGUGAUGCUGUUUUGAAUUGCCCGGCCUGCAUGACUACACUGUGCCUUGAUUGCCAAAGGCAUGAAUCCUACAAGACUCAGUACAGAGCAAUGUUUGUGAUGAAUUGUUCUGUCAACAGAGAGGAGGUUCUAAGAUACAAGAAUCCAGAAAACAGGAAGAAAAAGCGGGGUGCUAAGAAGAUGAGGUCUAACGCUGAGGGUCCUGUGGAGACAGAAGAGGAAGAAAUCUACCAUCCUGUCAUGUGCACAGAGUGUUCAACUGAAGUGGCAGUCUACGACAAGGAUGAAGUCUUUCAUUUUUUCAAUGUUUUAGCAAGCCAUUCUUGAACCCUAUCUCAAACAGGUAGUGGCUUCCCAGCACUGUAUAAAGCAAAUAUGGACUCUUAUUUUCUCUAUCAUUCAGUGACACUGAUUAAAGCAGUAUUUCAUCUUUAUGAAAAUGGUUAUCCACCUCUAUCUCCUCACUCUUUUUGCUUUGUAAUUUUCCCAUGAGUAAUGACGGGGCUGAUCAUUUCAUUUUUGGUGCAUCUUUGGAGACUUUGGUACUUCUUAUUUAUUAAAUUAGCUUCCUAGAGUUAAA